CACCCGACGUGGCCCGGCACGUCACCGCGUUGCUCCCGAGCCCAACACGUGCCGCCGCCGGACGUGUGUCCGCCCGCACGAAGAAAGCUCCUGGCCAAUGGGGCCGGGCUGGAGGAGGAGGGGCUCCCAACCCAACCUUCGCUCGCUUCCGUCCACCGGUUCCAGGUUCCAGCCGCGCGACGCGACGCGACGCCUCUCGAUCGCCACCAGCUUGCAGCAGCCCGCGGCAAUGAGCGGCAACAGGAACGGCAGGGGCAAGGGUGGCGCCGCGCGGCCCGUGGCGACAUGCAUGGCCGCCAUCAUCGUCUGCGUCGUCGUGCUGCUCGUCGCGGCGUCGGCUCUGCUGUUCCUGCUGUCGUCGUCGCCGCCGCCGGCGACGGGGGUACCGGGGAACGGGCCGCCUCGAGAGCCGGUGGAGCUGGCGAUCGGCCUCGCCGGGCACGAGCGCUGGCUGGACGCGCUCCGCGCGUGGGCCAAGCUCGCGUGCUUCAACCUCCGCCGGCCGCCGGCCGAGCCGCGGUACCAUCUGCCGCGGAGCCCGGCGGCGUCGGUGACGAAGGCGGCCAAGAGCACCCUGGAGAUGGGCAAGGAGAUGGUGGAGAAGUUGGCGGAGUCGGCGGCCAGGGCCACCGAGGAGGCGCUCGAGAGGACCACCGAGAAGGUCAGGAGGAAGGUCUCGCCGUCGGCGCGGCGCCCUGAUGGAGACCUCUGAGCGGAACUUUUCCGGGCUUUUUUUGUUUGUUCCUUCUUCGUUUUCUAAAGCUUCAGUGCUGUGUACUCUGUAGCGUCUAUAUCCUGUAGCGUGUAAAAUUGUCAAGAACGUACUGUACCACCAGCCAGACCACAGCGUUUGGUAAGUUCGCGAUGUAAACGUGUUCUGUAUGAGGUGUGGACGUAUCGCGAAUCUGCGACGCAGAUCGAUGCUUGCAAAUUAUAUUCAGUGAGCCAGUACUGUACCAU